ACCUGCUUGCAGAAUGCGUUUCCCUUCUGGGAGCCCCAAAGUGCGGAAGUGUCGAUGUUUCACAGCUCACAAGUCACACUGACCAGUUUCCCAAGACUCUUCCCCAUCAAGUCCAGAGGGAAGAAGAUGGAGAGUCUGGGGCUGGCGGACUGUGUAGGGCACCAGUUUGCAGGAGAAACAGCAGAAGGAGUUUGGAGCGGGGGUUGAGGUGAAGGAUGGGUAGGAGACCAGUUUUUUUUUUAUUAUAAGCCUAAUAGUAUUGUUUGAUUUUAAAAUGAUGUGAGUAUAUUAUUUCAAUGGAUAUUUCUAACUUUAAAAAUGAAGGACACACUGUAACCGGGGACAAAAGGGCAGACACUCUGGAUAUGCCCAGCCACCUGCUAACGGAAUGCCAGGCACGUUGUGAACUUCUCUGGGCCUCCAUUUCCUCGCCCGUACCUACCGGGUGACACCAUGAUCCCCUGGGUGCUCUUGGCCUGCGCGCUCCCUUGUGCGGCCGACCCUCUGCUGGGCGCCCUCACCCGCAGGGAUUUCCAGAAGGGCUCCCCUCAACUGGUCUGCAGCCUGCCUGGCCCCCAGGGCCCACCCGGUCCCCCAGGAGCUCCAGGGCCCUCAGGAAUGGUGGGAAGGAUGGGCUUUCCCGGCAAAGACGGCCAGGAUGGCCAGGACGGGGACCGGGGGGACAGCGGAGAGGAAGGUCCCCCGGGCCGGACAGGUAACCGGGGGAAGCCAGGACCAAAGGGCAAAGCCGGGGCCAUUGGGCGGGCUGGCCCCCGCGGCCCCAAGGGCGUGAGCGGCGCCCCGGGGAAGCACGGCACACCAGGCAAGAAGGGGCCCAAGGGCAAGAAGGGGGAGCCGGGCCUCCCGGGCCCCUGCAGCUGCGGCAGUGGCCACGCCAAGUCCGCCUUCUCAGUGGCGGUGACCAAGAGCUACCCACGGGAGCGGCUGCCCAUCAAGUUCGACAAGAUCCUGAUGAACGAGGGCGGUCACUACAACGCCUCCAGCGGCAAGUUCGUCUGCAGCGUGCCGGGGAUCUACUUCUUCACCUACGACAUCACGCUGGCCAACAAGCACCUGGCCAUCGGCUUGGUGCACAAUGGCCAGUACCGCAUCCGGACCUUCGACGCCAACACGGGCAACCACGACGUGGCCUCGGGCUCCACCAUCCUGGCUCUCAAGCAGGGGGACGAGGUCUGGCUGCAGAUCUUCUACUCAGAGCAGAAUGGGCUCUUCUACGACCCCUACUGGACCGACAGCCUCUUCACAGGCUUUCUCAUCUACGCCGACCAGGACGACCCCAAUGAAGUGUAGACGGGCCCGUGCUGGGUCUGCAGGGACAAUGAACAGGCUCCUGGACUUCUGCUUACAGAGCACGACCCCUGGACAGUCUGCUGGGGCUGGGAGCCGGGAUCUUCCAGACUCAGGGCGACCUCCUCUCCCCCCUUUUUCUACACCAUUAAAUCCAAGC